AGCUAAGUUCCUUGAACAACAAAUAUCACUUUGUCGAUAUCUAUUUCCAUGGUCAAAAACUUCAAGUCACUAACAUUUCCAAUUGUAAAAAAGUGAUUUUGACAGUUCACAAAGUGGAAGAAGGGAAUAAUUUUCCAGACACACCCUUUGAAUCUUCUAUUCCGUGUUCAUAUACGCAUAUAGUUAACAUCUCUUUUUGUUCUAAGGAAGUAAUAACAAUCUCUGCAAUUUCUCAAAAGAAUAUGAUAUGGGAACUAAGAACAAAAACCCAUUUUCUGUUUCUUCAUUAAUCUUUCUUUUAUGUUGUUUAGCUCGGUUUUGCUAUGGAGUUGAUAUAAUCCGACAAGGUGAAACGAUGAAAGAUGGUGACAAGUUGGUGUCUAGUGAUGGGGUUUUCGAAUUGGGAUUUUUCAGCCCUGAAAAUUCAAGGUUUAGAUAUGUUGGGAUAUGGUAUAAGGUUGAUACGGAAGCUGUUGUUUGGGUUGCAAAUAGAGAUAAACCAAUGGUUAACACAAAUGGUGUUUUGAGGAUUGGGGUUGAUGGUAACUUGGUUGUUCUUGAUGGGAAUGGAAGUUCAGUUUGGUGGUCUGGUGUUCCAAGUAUUUUAUCAAACACCUCAUUUGCAAGACUACAAAAAAACGGGAAUUUGGAGUUGUCGAAUGAUACCAGGGAGGUGAUUUGGGACAGCUUUCAUCAUCCAACUGAUACAUUUUUGCCUGGUAUGAAAUUACCUGUGAGUUUAUCAAUGGGGGAGGUUCGUUGUUUCAGGUCAUGGAGAUCAGCCAUUGAUCCUUCAUAUGGAAACUACAGUGUUGGAACAAUUGCUAAUGGAGGUCCACAGAUUGUAAUAUGGGAUCAAAAUGGAAGAAGAAGAUGGAGAAGUGGUCAAUGGAACGGAGUGACUUUCACAGGUAUUUCUAACUUGAGUGACACUGCUAGUUUCUUGCAUGGAUUCAAGCUUUCAGAGCAUGAUGACAACGGGACACGGUAUUUUACGUAUGAGCCGUCGAACUCUUCGGCUUUGUCACGGUUCCAUAUCCGCUAUGACGGGACGGUACGACAGUUCAGGUGGGAUGGGAAGAAAUGGACUAAGUUGCUAUUACAACCUGGUAACAAAUGUGAUCUUUAUAACCAUUGUGGGAAUUAUGCAACAUGUGAUUACUUUGUUUCUUCAAGUACUUGUAAUUGUUUAGAAGGGUUUAGGCCAAAGUUUGAAGAUCAAUGGAGUAAAGGGAAUUGGUCCGGCGGGUGUGAACGGAGGACUGAACUGGAAUGCCAAAGGGGUAAACCGGAUGGGUUUAAACGAAUGAAGUGUAUGAAGUUACCCGAUUUUUCGAACUUGGUACCUGUAAAGAGCAGAGAUGAUUGUAGACAAAGUUGCUUAGGAAAUUGUUCAUGUACUGCAUAUGCAUAUGUUUAUGGUAUUAAAUGUAUGAUAUGGAUUGGAGAUUUAGUUGAUGUUCAACAUAUUGAUCAAAGUGGAAACCUAGAGUUCUUUUACCGCCUCAAUCAUUCCGAUUUAGAUGACAAGAAGAAGAUAUCUAAUGGUGUGAUAGUUAUAAUUUCUCUGGUGGGAGCGUGUUUCUUGGUGGCAUUUCUAUGGCUAUUAUGGAGAUACAAGAAGAAACUUAAACUUUCAUCAAUGGUGUGUUGCAAGGACAAGGAUGCGGUCGUUUUCAAUGAGUUUAAGUCCAGCAGCACGGAAUUUUCAGCAGGUUUUUCAGGACCAUCUGAUAUUCUUAUAGAUGGGGAUCAAGUUAAUCGACCAGAGUUACCAAUUUUCAAUUUCAGCACUGUGGCAGCUGCAACCAACAAUUUUUGUGAAGAAAAUAAACUUGGACAGGGAGGUUUUGGUGCUGUAUACAAGGGAAAGCUUCCUGGAGGACAAGAAAUAGCUGUAAAGAGGCUUUCAAGGCAGUCAGGGCAAGGGUUAGAGGAGUUCAAAAAUGAGAUUAUACUACUUGCCAAAUUGCAACAUAGGAACCUUGUUAGAUUAUUGGGCUGCACAAUUCAAGGAGAAGAAAAGAUGUUGAUUUAUGAAUAUAUGCCCAAUAAAAGUUUGGAUAACUUCCUUUUCGCCAAGCAAGCAGAGUUGGACUGGAGAACCCGAGUCGGCAUCAUCGAAGGCAUUGCAAGAGGACUUCUUUACCUUCAUCGGGAUUCGAGGCUUAGAAUAAUUCAUAGAGACUUGAAGGCUAGCAACAUCUUGUUAGAUGCUGAAAUGAACCCAAAGAUUUCCGACUUUGGAAUGGCUAGAAUAUUUGGGGGUAACCAAAAUGAAGCUAAUACGGUUCGAGUAGUUGGCACAUAUGGAUAUAUGUCACCUGAAUAUGCAAUGGAAGGCUUGUUUUCAAUAAAAUCAGAUGUUUAUAGCUUUGGGGUAUUAUUGUUGGAAAUCGUUAGUGGACGAAGAAAUACAAGCUUUCGCUCAUCCGAAUACACAAGUCUUAUAGCAUAUGUAUGGCAACUUUGGAACGACGAUAAAGCAAUGUACAUCAUUGAUCCUUCAAUCCGGGAAUCGUGUUGUCCAAAGGAAGCAUUGAAAUGCAUACAUAUAGGGAUGUUGUGUGUGCAAGACUCGGCAAUGUAUCGGCCGACGAUGGCAACCGUGGUGUUGAUGCUUGAGAGCGAAGCUCCUACACUUCCUAAGGUAAGGCAACCCACUUAUAGUUCAUCUAGAAGAUCCAUUGAUGACCAACGUAUUCCUAACGGUCAAGAAAUUGUAUCUUCAAAUGAUGUCACAAUUACAAUGAUAGCCGGAAGAUAAAUUUGCUUGCUUUCCACCUUUUACGAGUAUGAAGAUACGAGCUUCCAAUUAUUAAAAUUAUAUAUAGUAGAAUUGUUGUAGUCAAACUUGUAUAGACUUUCUAGAUACUUUAACUCAAUCAAAACUCAUCUUUUGGGUCGUUAUUUAUCGUGGUCUAAAAUUUUCCUUGAGAAACAUUAGGAUGACCCAAAAUUCAAAUAUUUCAAUGAAAAUAUUUUAAUAAUGAAUCAUUAAUUUCUUAAAA